AGGACACCAGUUGCCACGGAUCCCACAAUGUUCCACCGUCCAUUUUCAUGCUCCGACAGGGCCGAGACUUUUGAGUCAAGAUCACUAACAGUGGGUAUUAUAAUGAAUAAGGGGCUCCAGACCCCAGCUUAGGUAAUUAGUGCACCGCCAUUAAAAAAAAAUUGCUCGAAGCCUUGCGUGAAAUAUGAUUAUAUUGUUUCCCGACAUUCCGCCCGUUGAGUUUAUUGAUAUGUUGGUUGUGAUAUUCAUAUCGUGAAGUCCUUGUUGGGUUCAGAUCGCUUCUUUCCUUCUUCCUAUCCCUCGACUUCGCUUUCUGCGAGAUGGCUCUCCAAGCGCAGAAGGACGUGGAUCUCCCAGCCUUCCGAGAACCGGGUAUCUACGAAGCAGGCGGAUCGAGCGACCUGAGCUCCCAUGACAUACCCCUCGUACCUCUUUCGAGCGAUCCAGACCACUGGUCUCGAAAGAAAAGAUGGAUCGGUACCAUGGUGGCGGUCUGGGCAACAUAUACGACCAUCAUGAAUGGAACCAUCAUCACGGUCGCCCACAAACACAUUUCCGACGAAUUCCACGUCGAUGAAGUACGGUUUCCCAACUUUUACUGGGUCGUGACCAGCUGGGCGCUAGGGGGAGCCAUUUUCCCGUUGAUCGGCCUACCACUUAUCGAAGACUUUGGAGUCCGCCCCGGGUUCCUGUCCACAUACGUCGUGUUUCUAUGCUUCAUUAUACCACAAGCGUUGGCAAAGAAUUUUGCGACCCUAAUCGUCUCUCGCUUCUUCGCUGGCGGUUGCUCCCUGAUUCUCGCCAAUACUUCCAUCAGCGUCAUCACCAACAUCUGGAAAAACGACGAUGAGCGCAAAUUCCCCGUCAAUUUAUUCAUUGCUGCAUUCUUGGCUGGCAGUAGCAGUGGUCCUAUCAUUGGAGCGGUUAUUCUCCAGUAUCUGUCCUGGCGAUGGAUCGGCUACCUGCAGUUAAUUUGGUUCGGAGCAAUGUUUCCUCUAUUCUACUUUAUGAUUCCAGAAACCGUCCCCGCCGUCAUUCAACGGAAAACAAACAAGGCGUCAUCACCAACAAGCGAAAAAGCACCAGUGGCCGAAGAGGAUCACCGAAGCUGGAGAUCUAUCUUGCUCAAGGUCACCGAGGCCGUCAGAAGACCGAUGUACAUGCUAUUCACCGAGCCCGUACUCCUUGCUUUCACAAUCUGGGCGUCUUUCAUGAUCGGCACGGUCUACAUGUUUACUCAAUCUGUCGGACAAGUCUUCAGUGCGUUAUAUGGCUGGACGACCUACCAAAUCGGCUAUGUUCAGUCAGCGGUGGUGAUUGGGGAAAUCAUCGGAUGUCUCAGCAUCUCAGCCUACACAAAGUUCAUUUCGGCACGCAACGGAGGAGCGAGCCAACAGCCGAUCCCAGAAACAAAGCUCUACUUGAGUGUCUUUGGCAGCUUUGUGGGCGUCACCGGAGGCAUGUUUAUAUAUGCCUGGACAUCGUACGCGUGGAUCCCUUGGAUUGCACCUACCAUCGGUCUCGCGAUGGUUGGGUACGGUGCCAAUCUGGUCAUCGCGGCUAUAUCAGACUACAUUAUGGAUGUCUACAGCAAGUACGCGGGAAGCGCCAUGGCCGCCAUUGUGUUUGGCGAAAAUCUGUUCGCCGCCUUGCUUCCCCUGUCCACCUAUACCAUGUACGGGAAUCUGGGCUUUCAAUGGGCGAGCACACUGCUCGCUUUCAUUGCAUUGGUCGUCUCAUUCGCACCCGUUUGUCUUCUGAAAUGGGGCCCGACAUUGAGAGCGAAGAGUCCAUUCAUGCGCAGUUCCAUCAAGGAGCCAGUAUCUCUGGAGCAUGUAUGAUCAGUGAGGCAAUAUAGUAUAACCAUUCAAAAUGAUGCUCGAGUUUACGCUAAUUACUUAUUUAUUACGA